AUGGAUAUUAGUAACAAAAUAGUGCCACCACAUCUGAACGCUGAGAUUUACAGAACAGAUACUACCGGCACAAGCACGCUUUCGUAUUUAGAUUUUAUUCGUAUUCAUUCAGAUGGCACUGUGUUAGUGGGAUCUUCAGAACUAACAGGACGGUACUGGAAUGGAGGGGCCAGUAUAUAUAAAAAUAUAGAAGACGCACGAAGAAUACAAACAGAAGAAAAACUAGGUAUAUCGUUAAUCAGUGGUACUUCAGAUGGAUGCUUUAUUGAAAAUUCCAAUAAGGUGUUACUAUGUGAGGAUAGUGGAGCCCUGAGUAUAUGGAGUCAUGCAAAUGAGCAAAAUGCUUGGAACCAGUGGAUAGAUGAAGUGUCGGUUGCAGAACAUGAUGAUAUGGCAAUGGGUGUGGAUUGUCUUGAUCCUGGACAUCAUUAUGUUACUGUUGGAGCUGAUGGACAUGCAAAGGUAUGGGAUAUACAAGAUUUGAUCUGCAUAAGGAAUUACUCUGCAGCCCAUAGCUCAAUAAUUUAUGCAGUAUCUGUGAAACCAAAAUCUAGAACGAACUUUGCAACGGGCUCUAUGGACCAAUAUGUGACACUGUGGGAUGAAAAUAUUGAUAAACCGGUACUAGAUUUAUUAAAAAAUGAUUGCUGUGUUCGUUGUUUGGCAUGGAUUAAUGAGCACUGUUUAGUGGCCGGAGAUGAAGCCGGCGUGUUACAUUUUAUAGAUAUAAGAAAUACUGACAGUGUUGUUAAAAUAACAGAAUUUCCUGCUGCGGUACACAAAGUAGCUGUGCAGUCAGAAAGCGAAAAAUUGGCUGUAUGCUGUGAUAAUAAGAUUGUGUCAGUGUGUGAUGUCUCGGAGCCUUCGACAGCGAGUAUCAUAUACCAUGACAGACAUAGGCACAGUAAUUUUGUUAGGGGGUUGGCCUGGGACUUAGAAGAUAAGAAACUUCUCCAUACUGUUGGAUGGAAUGGUGAAAUAAAAUCGCAUCAAAUUGUUUGGGAUUAA